AUGUCCCAAGGGGAAGAUGAACCCCUCCGCGAGUUCAUAAGCCGUUUCAAGCUGGUUAUGUCAAGGAUUAGCGGGAUAAGUGACAAGGUGGCCAUAGACGUACUCAGAAAAACACUCUGGUAUAAGUCAAAAUUCCGAAAGUGGAUAGCUCUCAACAAACCGCGGACGAUCCAAGACGCCCUCCACAAAGCAAUGGACUACAUCUUAAUCGAAGGGGAAACAAAAGAUUUGUCGCAAAAGCAUAAAUCGACAAAGCCGCCCUUGAAGGAUGUAGACCAAAAGACAAAAUGGAAAAGCUCUCGUAAUGGAGCGAGAUUGGCCGCAAAGCUACUAGCUGGAGAGCUCUCCGAAGUAACUAGCGUAAAAGAUCUCAUCCUCGAGACCGAUCACCCUCCGAAGACGGACAGGAAUCCGUCCGCGGAGAACUCCCCUCAAAGAAACCAAUCCAGGGAUAAACGCGGAGGAAGACCAGACGACAAAGGAAACGAUAACAAUCAUCGCAGAUUCAACAUGAACAUCAGAGGAUCGCAGUACUGCAACGACAUGGUCUCAGCCAUCAAGGCUUACCAGCGAAAGGCCGAAUCAAGUGCAAACUGGCCUACGUGGUCUCCUCCCCGAGAUGGUCAAAACAACUCAAUAACUCUCACGAGAGACGAAGCCGGCGGGAUCGAUCAACCUCACUGCAAUCGACUCGUCAUAGAUCUUGUCAUACGAGAUCUGGAAGUCGGGAGAGUCCUCAUCGCCACAGAAAGCAAGUCGCGGCUUUGCUUUCUCACAGAGCAUAAGUUAAGGCAAAACACGACUGCCGCAAUGGCAACUCGCAAACGCGCAAAGUUAGCUCAGCCUUUGGCCGAAAAUACUUCAAAGAAAGAUGAUUCGACAUCGUCUGCUGAAGCAAACGCUUCGGGUAUCGAAACUCAGCGCAAUUCCGAAGUCAACACUAUGACUCAAUAG